GGCGCGGUCUGUGAUUGGGCGGCGGCCGGGGCAGCAAGAUGGCGGCGACGGGGCCGGCCCCGCUGCGUGUGGGCUUCGUGGGCGCGGGCCGCAUGGCGGAGGCCAUCGCGCAGGGCCUCAUCCGAGCAGGAAAAGUGGAAGCUCAGCACGUGCUGGCCAGUGCACCAACGGACAGGGGCCUCUGCCACUUCCAGGCUCUGGGUUGCCAGACCACCCAUUCCAACCGGGAGGUGCUGCAGAGCUGCUCAGUUAUCAUCUUUGCCACCAAGCCCCAUGUCCUGCCAGCUGUCCUGGCAGAGGUGGCCCCUGUGGUCACUGCUAAGCACAUCUUGGUGUCUGUGGCUGCUGGGGUCUCUCUGAGUGUCCUGGAGGAGCUGCUGCCCCCCAAUGCACAGGUGCUGAGGGUCUCACCCAGCCUGCCUUGCGUGGUCCAGGAGGGGGCCAUAGUGAUGGCGCGGGGCCGCCACGCCGGGAGCAAUGAGACCAAGCUCCUGCAGAACCUGCUGGACGCCUGUGGGCAGUGUGAGGAGGUGCCUGAGGCCUACAUAGACAUCCACACUGGCCUCAGUAGCAGCGGAGUGGCCUUCGUGUGCACGUUCUCUGAGGCCCUGGCUGAAGGCGCCAUCAAGAUGGGCAUGCCCAGUGGUCUGGCCCACCGCAUUGCUGCCCAGACCCUGCUGGGGACGGGCAAGAUGCUGCUGCAAGAGGGGAAGCACCCUGCCCAGCUGCGGACAGAUGUAUGCACACCGGGUGGCACCACCAUCUACGGUCUCCAUGCGCUGGAGCAGGGUGGGCUUCGAGCAGCCACCAUGAGUGCUGUGGAGGCCGCCACCUGCCGGGCCAAGGAGCUCUGCAGAAAGUAGGCCCAGGCUCUGGAUGAAGGCUGCCCGCCUCCUUGUCCACUUGUGCCACCCCCAGCACCCCCACCUCUUCCCCUGAGGACGUGGUCCUCUCUUCCUCCUGCGUGUUUCAUGCUGUCCCCUCACCCCAGAGGGAAAUACGAGGCGAUGAGAGUUGAGAGGCUUGGGCUGGCUGGCCUCCCACCAGCACAGGAGCCCUCCCUCCCCCGUGGGCAGAAGGCACCUACCCUAGUGAGCCCACCAUGAUGGCACCAUUGGUUCUGAGGGUCCCUAGAGACGGCCUCUUGGUCAGGUGCCCAGGUGGCAGGCAGUUGGUCAGGCCAUGAGCGGAGCUGCUGGUUAAAGAAGAGCCAGCCCAGAUGCCUGGUCUGGAGCCCUGGCCCUUCCUUGAAUUUCCCAAUGGCUCAGCAGCUACAGCCAAGCCAACUCCCUUGUCUCAGCUCUGCGGGGCACAGGACAUAUGGAGUGUGUGCAAGGGACUCCCUCCCACUCAGGGAAGCCAGAGGCCUUGGCCUGAUGCUAGACAGGGCCACCUUUGGGGAGCUGGAGCCCCAUGUUGCCAGCCCCUGAAAAGAGAGGGGUUGUGUGCUUUUCCCUCAACCAGGGAGGAGGAGGAGCCUCACCCCUGGAGCCCCCACAGCAGAACUGCGCUGGGCUGAGCCUGUAGCAGUGCAAGGGUGGCACCAAGUGGGCAAUAGGUAGGUGGAGGGAGCUUGAGGUCUGGGAGGGUGGGCGCUGGCCAGCCCGAAAGAACGUAGACCCCCCUUGCUCACCUGGGCCCAGGCUCCCUCUCUCUCCCAGACCCUACACUCCUGGCAAGUGGCCGGGUGGGGCUGGGCCUAAUGAGCCUCCGCUGGCUCAGGAGUCCUGGAGGUUCCUGUGGCCUGGCCCCACCACACUGGCCUCAGACUGCAGGACUCGGCUCCUUAGCCUGUCUCUUAAGUGGCCAGCAGAUCAGGAAAGCCAGGACCCGGGGAGAAGCAAGGCUGUGGGACUGGCGGCCUGGGUUCUGGGGCCUUUCGGUGGGGAACGCCCAGCAACCCACCUACACUCCAUUCCCACUCUCAAGACACACCUGGGCCUCCUGCCCCACAAGGGCUGAGUGCUGCUUGAGUGCUGUGCCUCCUGGGACUGGGCCUUGAGAAGGGCAGGACGCUGUGCCAUCUACCAGCUGGGUGACUUCGGGCCCAUUAAUCCUCAUCUGUGAAACUGGGCUGACAGAACCUAUGCAACAGGAACAGCAUUUCUAUCCCUCACGCCCAGCUGCCUCUGUGGCCCUCUUCCCACCCUACUUACUCCCCAACAGACAUGCAGCUGUUGCCAUCCCCCCAGCCUCAGGGGUCAGCCCCCAUCCCUGAGCCUCCAGUCUCAGGGGAGCCUGGCUCUCAGCCAGCGACUGCUUGAUCUGAAUCUGGCUCUGCCACUUGUUAGAAGAGUCAGCCUGAGUCUGCCUUACACCUGACUCCCUCAUCUGUGCAAUGGGAAUAAAUGCACCAUCUUAGAGCACUGAGUGAGCUCAUAUCCAUUGGAGGUUCAUGAAACCAAGGGCCCAAAACCCCAUCUUAGCUGACACCUGGGACCUUGGGCUCAGAGACAGAUGUCAGCUGG